CAGGUCUGAGGUUCCGGCCUCCACUCUUGCCUUCCGCGCCCGGGAAGUGGCCCAGGUUCCCACGAGCUCCUCCCAACCCCCCGACCCAGGUCACCUCAAUUCACCACACAGACUCCGACGACUACAAGUCCAGCGGAAAUGAACCAGAGGCCGAAGUUUAUUAGCUGCCCCGGGGACUGUGAGAAACGUAGUCCAAGUUGGAAAAACCCGGACGAUAAUCGAUCAGAGCGGAAGAAGCCAGGACCGCAGGGACCCUCACCGAUCCGCCCCGGAGACUCCUGGGUGCGCAAACCCACGCAGGAGUGCGCAGGCGCAGGCGCGGGCGGCCGGUCCUUGGCCCGCGGUGAGGCUGGUGUGUGUGUCCUACCGGCAGGGGAGGCCGAGGGGAGAACCGGGAGCUCAGGCCCUGGAGGCCCAGAGAGGGAAGCGGGACCGGGGGCUUGGGACUCUUCACUUUUCCAAAAGAAGAGCCCAAAAGAGAAGAUUUCAUCUGUUGCAAAUCUGAAAGCCAUGUCUCAGGGAUCAGUGUCAUUCACGGAUGUGACUGUGGACUUCACCCAGGAGGAGUGGCAGCAACUGGACCCUGUUCAGAAGGCCCUCUACAGGGACGUGAUGUUGGAAAACUAUUGCCAUCUCAUUUCUGUAGGGUUUCAUAUGACUAAGCCUGCUAUGAUCCGCAAGUUGGAACAAGGAGAAGAGCUAUGGACAACAGAGAGAGUAUUUCCAAGUCAGAGCUGCCUAGGAGAAGAUGGGGAAGCUGCAGAUGUUUUAGUGAAGUUCAAAGAAUACAAAGACAAGCACUCUAGAUCAAUUGUUUUCAUCAACCACAAAAAACUAAUUAAGGAGAGAACUAAUAUUUAUGGGAAAAUAUUUACUCUAAGCAAGAACCGUAUUAUUUCAAAAAGAAGAGUAUGUGAAUAUAAAUCUGAUGCAAAGGUUUUGAAAAAUAUUUCAGAGUUAGUCAUUAGAAAUAUAAGCCCUGUAAGAGAGAAGUUUAAUGAGCAUAAUGGAUGGGAGAAAUCACUACUCAAUACUGAGCAUGAGAAAAGUCAUCCUACAGUGAAUCUCCAUAAACAAACAGACAGGGGUCUCAGUGGUAAACAGGAGCUCAUUCAACAUCAAAAGGUUCAAAGUCCAGAGCAACCAUUUGAGCACAAUGAAUGUGAAAAAUCCUUCCUUAUGAAAGGAAUGUUAUUUCCACACACUAGAGCUCACAGAGAAAGACACUUAGAAUACAAUAAAGAUGGAAUAGCCUUCAUCCAAAAGACAAAUCUUGGUGUCCAUCCACAAACUUUUAUGGAAAAGAAGUCCUAUGCAUACAGCAAAUAUGGGAAAUUGUUCUGCAAGAAGUCCAUUUUUAUUAUGCAUCAGAGAUCUCAAAUAGAAGAGAAACCUUUUCAAUGUUCUCACUGUGGAAAUAGUUUUAGAAGGAAGUCAUACCUCAUUGAACAUCAGCGAAUUCACACAGGUGAAAAACCUUAUGUUUGCAAUCAAUGUGGAAAGGCUUUCCGUCAGAAGACAGCCCUCACUCUUCAUGAGAAAACACAUAUAGAGGGGAAACCCUAUAUUUGUACCGAUUGUGGGAAGUCUUUCCGCCAGAAGGCAACCCUCACUAGACAUCACAAAAUACAUACCGGGGAGAAAGCCUAUGAAUGUACUCAAUGUGGGAGUGCCUUUAGAAAGAAGUCAUACCUCAUUGAUCAUCAGAGAACUCACACAGGAGAGAAACCACAUCAGUGUAACGAAUGUGGGAAGGCAUUUAUCCAGAAGACAACCCUCACUGUACAUCAGAGAACUCACACAGGAGAGAAACCUUAUAUUUGUAAUGAAUGUGGAAAGUCCUUCUGCCAAAAGACAACCCUCACUCUCCAUCAGAGAAUUCACACAGGGGAAAAACCCUAUAUUUGUAAUGAAUGUGGGAAGUCCUUCCGCCAAAAGGCAAUCCUCACUGUUCAUCAGAGAAUACAUACAGGUGAGAAAUCCAACGGAUGUCCUCAGUGUGGAAAAGCCUUUAGUAGGAAGUCAAACCUCAUUCGCCAUCAGAAAACUCACACAGGAGAGAAACCAUAUGAAUGUAAAGAUUGUGGAAAGUUCUUCAGUUGUAAGUCAAAUCUCAUUGUCCAUCAGAAAACUCACAAAGGAGAAACUGUGGUAACUCAGUAAAUGACAUGACUUUUUUGUUAAAAAUUUUUGUCAUAGUAAACCCUGUACAUAAUAUUAUUUGCAAAUGUAAUAAUAUUCAGAAAUUUAAGGUACUAUACCACAUAUUUACCUAUUGUUUUUUAGCUUAUAAAAUACCUGUAAAACACACAAAAAAAAUGACAAAAGUUAUUGAAAAUGCAAGCCCCAAAUUUUUAUUAGAUUUAGCAGACAUAAACUUCCUCUGCCAAAUUACUAUAAAAGUUUAAACUUGUAUAUUGGGCAGCUGGUACAGGUCUGUUGACCAUACUGUGAGCAGCAGUGCUUGAAAAGAAAGGAGGUGUGAACUGUAUUUCUCAUUACAGUAUGGCAUAAAAAUUACUUGUUACUCCUCCAAGUUAUCCAUAGUUCUGACUUAAAACGUUAUGAAAUAAUUAUGACAUAUUACAAAGCAAUAUAUAAAUUGAAUUAUACAUCAUAUAUUCAUUCAUAAAUGGUUUGUUUCAUCACUGUCUCUAAGACUAUAUUGUAUGUGACAAAACUUCAUUUAUUUGCAUUCUGUGUAGAAUUCCAUUAUAUAAUUAUAUUCACAAUUUAUCCAUUCUACUGCUGAUGGACUUUUUCAUUGUUUACAGUUUAGGGCCAUAAUAAUUAUGUUCCUGGGAAUAUAUUUGUCUUUCAGCAUUCAUAUAUAUGCAUUUCUCUUGUGUAUACACUAGGAGUGGAACUAUGGCUGGAUUCUAGGGCAUAGGUGUGUUCACUUGGCUUUGGUGGGUACUGCCGAAUAACUCAGAACUUUCAGAGUGUGAGUAAUUCCCUCUGAAGGGAAACAGCUGUGAAUAUUGUCAAUAUGGUGUUGGUUCAAACUAGAUAAAUCAUGCCAGGUGGAAACUCUGUGAAUGUUACUGUGAGAAGGCCCUUAGCCUUAGCCCACAAAUUACUGGGAAUAUGAAUAUAAUGCUUGUAGAAAGCUUUUAGCCAUAGCCCAAACCUUUUAUAAAACCAGACAAAUGUAAUACACGUGGGAUUGCCGUUAGCCACAGUUAAUGCCAUAUUUGAAAUAAAAAAAGUCCUACUAGAUAAAGGGAGGUAGGUAUCCAGCAUUUCCCUUGCUUAAUAUCAGAGAAUUCUAACUGGUGAAAAACCCUAUGAGUAUAAUGAAAGGGAGAAAACCUUUAAUCAUAGUCUGUUUCUUACUGGUCAUAUGAAAAGAAUUAAUAUGGAAAAGCUGUAGCCAUAGCUCAAAUCUUAUUAACACUAGAGCAUUCGCAUUGCACAGGAACUCUUCAAAUGAAAUGAUUUUAAGAAUGACUUUAGCCAUAGCUCACUCUCGAGACAUCAUCAAGGAAUUCAUACUAAGGAAAGGAAGGUUAAAAAGGGAAUGGUUGAGACUUGGAACUCUGGGGGAAGCCAGCUGCCAUGAAGUUCAACCAUACUCUGACCAUAAUACUAGACAGUCCAUUCUAAUCAACCUAGUCAGCUCCAGCUGUCAGCGUCAACUGCCAGCCAGAUGAGUGAGCCCCUGCUGACAUUUGACUGGAACUACAUUAAAGGCACCCACAAAAUGGUUACUUUUAAAAUUAAAUUUGAUUAUUUGAUUAAAAGAAAGGGAAAAACAAUCUACUAGCAUUUAUUUAUGA